AUUGAGCGCGAAAGCCCUCAACGUGUUGACGCUUCUGAACGUGUAUCAGAAAAAGCAUCUGGUGGAAAUUCUGUCCUACCACAACUGCGACUCUCAGACUCGGAACGUGCCCGAAUUGGACUGUCUGAUCAGGCUGCAGGCCCAGAACGUGCAGCAGCGCCACGUGGUCUUUCUAACAGAAAAGAACGUCAAAACGCUCUCCAGUUACACAGAUAACGGCAUCGUGGUCGCCACUGUGGAAGAUUUCAUGCAAAAUUUCCACAGUCUUGUGGGCUUCCACAAUGCAGUCCCCGAAGACAAGCUGCUCCAUCACGCUGCCGGCGACCAUCUUGACGGACAGUCAGAUGCUGUUUUGACAUUAACCCCUUUGGAGCUGGGAGUUGGGAUUUCCCAACAUUAAACGUGAACACAUUUCGCAGAAGCGUUUAGCAUCGGAAUAUCUGGACAUUCACACCUAAAGGUUGUGUGUGAGUGUUGGUGAGUAAGUGAACUUGUGGCGGAAGACCAAGCUCUAAGAGAUUUUGGACUUGCAGAUCUGAAUGAAGCAUUAUGCUGUGUAAGUAGUGUGUAAUUUUAAAAACAAAUUAUGUAUUUCAAUAGAGUAGGACUUUCUGUUUUUUCUCUAAAUGUAGCUCUUUUAGCAAGUGAUGAAAAGGACGAAGAGGAUAUGUCUCUGGAUUCAGGGGAUGAGACUUCACAAAUAGAGGUGUGCAGCAGCUCUCAUUCAGAGACAUUGGAACUAGAGACCAAAGGAUCACGAGGGCCAGAUCCAAAAGAGAGCGCGCAAACUCAGGCGCAGCCGUCUCCCGACGGGCCGCGAAGUCUGUCCGAAGAUUGGACCCCGAGUGAGACGAAGGCCCCGCCGGCCCUGCCGGGCAUCCCGGCCGUGGCGGCGGCCUCGGGCAGAGACACAAACAAAUCGGUGGAACAGACUCCAUUCGUCGGCUUUCGUGCUUAUCCCGGGAGACAGCUGAGCAUGUCCCAUCAGUUCAGUCAUUUCAGUGUCCUCACUCAUCAGACUUUCUUGGGAACGCCAUAUACAAUUUCUACUAGCCAGACUCAAGAAGGUGGAAAUUAUUUUCUGUCUGCUUAUAGUCGAAGCUUAGAAAGAGAUAAGUCUUCAUCUCCUGUUAGUUGGGAUGUAAAUGAUUCUUCCAGGCCAUAUUCAAAAAAGAAAUAAACACAGUCACUUUUUUUAAUAGGUUGUUGUGGACUUUUUCCGCUUCUUAAAGUGAAUUAACAAUUUAUAUUUUAUUCUCCGAACAGAAUGUUUGUCCUUUUUUCCUGUCUUAUUUAAAUCAUGAUGGCCUGUAACAGUUGAAGCCUCUGCACAUUGAAAUAAAUAUAUAUAUAUUUUUUAACACGUA